AUGAGAAUUGCCAAGGAUAUGUGGAACUGGACUAUGUCCCCUUCUCUCGCCGACAGCAAUGCCAGCCUCGUACCGCCUGAGUGGCCAAGUAACUCCGAUAUUGAGAGGCUAGCGGGAAUGACAGCCUCAAGGUCCUCUACCACCAAAACGCACCUCGGAUACUCACCCAUUCACGAAGACAAUAUACCCGAAGAGCAGAAUGCGAGCCGCCUCAAGUCUUGUUUUGCUACGCUAUCGCCCACGUCCGGUGCCAACGCCGCCAAUAGUUCUUCAGACGGCGACCGAAACUUCGCUGUUACGUGCCGUUCCCAAGAGAUCCCUGACGCGGAACGCAGCUGCUGGUUCGAUCUUGUCAGCGGCGGCGCUGUUAUUGCUGCGAACUUCCCCGUCCCGGCACGGCAUGACGAAAAGGGCCUCGAAAUACCGAUGGGCAUCCUGGUCAGAAUUGCCGUCAUCCACGACGCGAUCGAGUAUAAGGGCGGCAUCGUUAUGAAAGGGCCGACCUUGAUGCUUGUUCCGAUCAAGCGCAACGCUGACUUGUCCAUCAUACAGUGGCACGUCGUGUCUGCCUCGAAGAAGAGGAAAAGGUUGACGUACCUUGAAGGCGUCGAAAAAUGCAAGCAACGGGCGCUGGUCGACGAGGUCGACUUGCAAUCGUUCCUGCGAUGCCGCGCCCUUGUCGGGUGGUGGGAUCAUGCGAAAUCGAGGCUGGGAGACGAGGAUGUCAACUUCGACAACCUGAGGUGGUCGACCGCGAAGCCCUACGAGCCCUUGAGGAUCCAAAACAUCGCGGCGGGCCUGCAGCAGAUCGGCGUGCUCAACAUCGAGUGCGCGCCAGGCUGUAAGGACUCCGGGUACCUCGUUAAGUUCGAGGGGCCGUACGGGGAGAUGCUCUCAACCGCGAGGGGAGAGAAGGCGUUCCUCUACGACACCGUCCAACAGCGGGCCUGGCUCGUGACCCGGGAUGAAGUGAUGUUGCACAUCAUCCGGAAAAGGAACUCGGACCGGCCUUUCUUCUGCAACGGCGCGCCCGUCAAGAUCCCGACCAUAGGAUCGGCCAUGCAGAGUCUCCUCGUGAACCGGAAGCUGGUCCUCGUAGACGACGAGGACGAACCCGAAACCUUGCGCCUGAUGGCCGUCAGGAUCUUCAACCAGCUCGAAACGUUGGCGGCCAUGGACGACGACAGAAGGCAGGCGCCCGAGAAGGCGUUCAACGUCCCGGAUGUGCUCAUCGGCCACGAGUUCAUGUCGACUGUGAACAGGACCGUGGGGCGAAGGAUGAAAAAGAACGAGAUCCGGACCACUAGUGGAGGCUGGGCGCGGCUCGUGGAAGACAGCGCUUCGCUGGUCCUCUUUGCCAACGGAUUCGGCGACCUCAUAUGUCCCACCGCCGACUCCGAAAUGCUGUGCAGUCGUUGGAAGACGGUCCCCUGGGGGAAGGACUAUCUGGCGGCCACGACCGACACGUUGCUCCGUCUUUAUUUCAAGGGCAAUGAGAUAAGCCAAGAGUACCUCACGUCGAGCGGUCUCUGCUGGCACAAGCAUCAAAGCCAGAUCGUGCCGAAACCCAUGAGCAUCGGCGCCGUCGACCGCCCACGUCCGGUGGCGGCCGGGGGCGCCGUCAUCUUCGGGGUCGAGAGCGUCAUGGCCAAAUUAACCCUUCCGACCGUGCUCCGGACGAAGAAGGAUGCCGUCAUGUAUUCGCAGCCAAGUUUUCAAAUAGAAAGCAGAAUGGCGUGCGAAAACAGCGCGCUGGACCGAGUCAAAGAAGACAGCACUGCCUUGCAGCAGCUUCCAGAGAAAUCAGCACUGAGCAUUGAGAGUGGCAGCACGACAGUUGCUCAGUUCAGCGACAGCUCCGACGAGGGCGCCGGCAGACUAUUCGGCAUUCCUACAGCCCCAAUCAGCGGAAGUAUGGAAGAAGAAGGCUUGGGCAAAGCGUGGUGUUGA